AUGCACAAAAGGAGCUCUAUAUUACCCCGCUGUACCCGCCCUCGUUCUCCAUACUAUCACAUCGCACUGCUCAACUCGCGCCAGUACCAACCACUGAAAGGGGAGCUCCAUGUAGAAGCUCCUGAAGAAGUGACCGAGGGAGAAACAGCAGAUCUGACAUGUAAGACCACCUGCAGUCUGACUGACCCAUUCAUCUGGUACAAAAAUGGACGUCCUUUAACCACAAAGACCAUCAAGAACAACCAGCUCCACCUGCAGAAGGUCAGCAGUGAGGAUGCAGGCAGUUAUAGCUGUGCUGUAGGAGGAUCUCAACACCUCCGCUCUACUGCUCACAGCCUCAGAGUCAGAUAUCCUCCAAAGAAUGUCUCAGUGUCCAUCUGUGCAUCUGGUGAAAUAGUGGAGGGCAGUUCAGUGACUCUGACCUGCAGCAGUGAUGGAAACCCACCUGUGAAGAUCUACACCUGGUUUAAAGAAGGUGGAACCUUACCUGUAGGAUCUGGACACAGUUACAGCAUCAUCAGCAUCACUGCUGACCACACUGGACUGUACUACUGUGAAGCUCAGAAUGACCAUGGAGCUCUGAAUGGAACUGUGCUGGUCACUGUUAAGAGUCAGAGUUGGUCUGCAGUCUGGUUUGCAGUGGGAGGAGGAGGUUUUCUCCUUAUUACUGUCCUAAUCUGCAUCUGCAGUUUUCACAGAAUGAAGAAACCAGCUGCUGGACCUGAUCACAGUAAAACAAGACAGGAUGAUGUCCUCUACACCAGCGUUACACACCGCACAUCCAGACCUGCACAGCCUGCUGACUCUGCUGACUCUGCAGCUGCUGAUGUUCUGUAUGAUGAAGUGACCAGCACUGACCAGCAGGGGGAGCCCCAAUAUGCCAGUGUUACAUUCCACCACCACACAGCUGCCCCUGGGUCAACAACUCAGAAUGUGGAAGAUCCCUCAGUGAUUUACAGCACAGUCAGAAAAGACUAGAUCUGCUAUACAGAGAGAGAGAGAGAGAGAGAGAGAGAGAGAGAGAGAGAGAGAGAGAGAGAGAGAGAGAGAG